UUUCCCUCCGCGCACUGGGCGGAGGCCGGUGUUUGCUUCGUGCGGCGCCGCUGGGAUUGGGCGGUUCCUGGGCGCCGGCUUCCCGGGCCCGGGCUGCGGGUGGCGAGUUCGCCGCGGAGGCCCUUACCGAGCCGGCGCUGGGUGGUGCGAGCCGUCCGCUGACUUACCCGGAAAUUUGGUGAAAGCAAAGAAGUGAGGAAUAACAAUUUCGAGACAGACUGGAAGAUAGCAGGAAUGGAUUCUCCGGACUACAUAACAGUAUCUGAUUCAGUUUUGGAAAUUGAAAAUCAAAAUGAUAGCUCUUCCUCUGGUAGCAGCUUAUUUAAAACUCAAUGUGUUCCUUCCUCACCUAAACGGAGGCGAAGAAAUCCUCUUAGGAAAUGUGUUCAAUCACUUGAAAGUGUCCAAGCAAGAGAUUCAUCCAGUGACUCAUCUAUAGAACCAAGACCAUUGACUUUAAAAGCUAUUUUUGAAAGAUUCAAGAAAAAGAAACCAAAGAAACGUAAAAAGAGGAAAUACAAGCCAACAGGAAGACCAAAGGAAAGACCGAAAGGAAGGAAAAACAGUAGGUCACAAAUAAGUAAGAAACAGCUUAGAGUUAAAAGACCUCAGUUCCCAUUUGUAGAGUCAGAGAACGGAAGUAAACCGUUACCUUGGAGAAAAAUUUUAACAUUUGAGCAAGCAGUGGCAAGAGGAUUUUUCAACUACCUUGAGAAACUGAAGUAUGAAUACCACCUCAAGGAAUCCUUAAAUCAGAUGAAUGUUGGUGAAGAUUUAGAAAAAGAAGACCUUGAUAGUCGUAGAUAUAAAUACUUGGAUGAUGAUGGAUCGAUCUCUCCUAUUGAAGAGUCAGUAGAAGAAGAGGAUGAGGUUGCUACAAAUCUGGAACGUGAUGAUGAAUGUGAUAUCAAAUUGGUGGUAUUUUUGCAUAUCCUGAAGAUCUGUACAAUUCUAGGGAGUGAUAGCUUAGGUGUGAAGAUUUGCACUUAUUCAUGUUUAGCGGGUGUCUGAAAUUAAAAAACCAGGCAGAUACUAUUCAGACCUGAACUACGACCCUAAAGUAAAUUGCUUGAGGAAAUUAGCUUCCAAUGAUUAUAGGUAAGAUUUUAAUUUUUUCCUUCAAACUCCCUCUUAGUUUACAGGAAACUUAAGCUCCUUUUUAAACCUUAGUAUUAAUGUCCUUGCAUUUAUUUAUUUAAUUAAUUACAGUAGCCCAUCCUGAUGGCUUAUUAAUCCCACAAAAGAUUGGACAUUAAAAAGGCUGACCGCUAUGUUUGUACUGUUCACCAGCAUGAUGUUAUGAUGAUGGGCAAAAUGUUCAACUGCUCUGAAUGAGCUGAAUGAAAAAUAGCCAUCUGAACAUCCAUCUCCCUAGUAAAUAUUUUAAAACAUGAAAACUCUAAGAUAAGCAUUCCCUGAAAAAUGAACAUUUCCUAUGAGAGUUUUAUGCAUGGAAAUGGAUUAAGUCUUAUGUUUAAAAUAAGAUUUGUUCCCAAUAUUUAAAUUGAUUCAAAAGAUGCUUAUUCUAACUAUUUUCAGUUUCAAGCCUGGAACUUUCAAUAUAUGCCAGUUAGGAACUGGUUGUCGGGGUACUUUGGAACCUAAUGAAAUGUAUUUUGAAAAAUUUAGUCUAAUAUGAAUGUUAAAAUCUUUCUCCAAAGGUGCAGUUUUUGAAGCAUGUCCAUAUUCAAGUGUAGAUCAAAGAAGCUCAGCUAAAAGGAUUGUGGUAAGUUGUCUUAUCUUACUCCACACAAAAGUAUAAUGGUCAUUACCAAGGCUUUUAGAAUGCAGUUUCUUAUUUGCCGUGGACAUGACCACAAAACAUUUCCCCAAUAGGUUUUUUCCUGCUAUGUUAAUAGCAUAGCAUUCAGCCUACUGGGAACAUUUUACUAAACUCAAUUCACAUUGCCAGAUCACUGUCCACUAUAAAUCUAACGUAAGCUAUAGGAGGUCUUUGUAAUAGCUAUUGGUAAUCAGUGAGAUUUGAUGAUAGCUAUCUUAGAUAUCUGUGGCCUUGAUGUCCUUUGUCUAGCUAAAACCUUUUCAGUUACCAUAGAGCUUGUGAUUAUGAUCAUCUCUAUUCCUCUUAUAUAGGACUGGUUGAAAUGACAUCAGGAUUGAG